AUGCUCAAGGCCCCCAACUUCAGGGACUCGGCCCCUGAAUUGAUUCCAUUCGAGCGCUAUGAACCGCUAGAUCCAGGUCUCUCUGUCAGCGCCGUAACGAUUGAGGCCAAUCAGGAUGAGCCUCUGACGACCGAGCCUCUCAGAGACAGCAGCGAGCGUAUCCCUGUUUCGCCCUCCGAGGGGUGCGAAGCGAACAAGGUGCGAGAGUCUAGCUCCAAGAAGAGAGCGAAACGAACGAGCAGAGACGUCUGCGGCCUGAGGAUGACGACGCUCAACUGCCCCUUUGGGACAGGCUUGGUGCCAAAAAGCCCAUGA